AUGCCUUUUGAAUCCUCUGGCGGCAUCACCCUCGACUUCUUCCACCGCAACUCGCGCCAUUCGCCUUCGUACGACCCUUCCAUCACACGUUUCCAACGCCUAAGACACGCGUUCGACCGCUCCGUGUCAAGAAAAUCCUGGUUGACGGCGGUCUUGCAUUCAACAUCCACGAAGGCCUUAGUCGGUCCGAUCAGCCGUGUGGGGUACGAGUACCUGAUGAAGAUCAAGGUUGGGGCGCCCCUUGUCGAGCAGCUAGCCAUCACUGACACGGGAAGCGACCUAACAUGGAUCCAAUGCAAGCCCUGCAUACACUGCUAUAACCAAACUCUCCCACCCUUCGAUCCAAUUGUCUUACCGCUCGAUCUCGUGCGGGUCCCACCAUUGCACCGCAUCAUCCGGAUCGUGCGGAACCAGUGGUCCUUCCCUAACAUGGCCUUCGGUUGUGGUCGCGAGAACGGCUACCCUAUAAGCGUCAGUACCGCGCCAGGGAUCGUUGGCCUUGGGGCCGGCUCGACGUCCAUCAUAAACCAGCUAAAAAAGUCCAUAGGCGGCAAGUUCUCUUAUUGCUUGGCUUUGCGAGACUCCAAUGCCACUAGCAAGAUCAGCUUUGGCAACAGCGCUGUCGUGGCCGGGCCUAAAGUCGUCUCAACACCAUUACUAAGGAACUCGGAAGACACAUUCCACUACCUCAUACCGGAAGGACUCAGCGUUGGGAGAGAGAGGGUCUACCGCGUGGAUGUGGGCUCCUCCGAUGAGGGAAACGCCAUCAUCGACUCAGCGACGACACUGUCGUUCGUCCCUGAUGAGAUGUACAACAGGGUGGAGGCGGCACUAAAGGACGCAAUCAAGGGAGAGCGCGUAGAGGAUCCGCAAAAGGAGUUCGGGUUGUGCUAUAAGAAGGGGGUGGGUUCAGGUCACCACCACCUAUCACAGCUCAUUUCAAGAAUGCAGACUUGGUUUUGGAACAAGAGAAUGGAUUACCAGAUUGGGUUUGAUCUUGAAAAGAGCCAGUCAACUUUCUGCCUAGAGAUUGCUCCAACUCACAAUGAUCAAAAUACUAUGGUUUAUCAUGCUCAAUCAAGUGCUUCUAGUAUUGCAUCAUUCGCCGUACCUCCGCCCGACCUCGGCUACCUCACCGUCUUACCGUCAACUGCUCGCUGCUCCACCGCUAUACAUUGUCGCAUUGCCGCUCGCCUGCCUCGCCAGAUCUCCUUCUGCAUUGCCUUGUUGUUCGCCUGCUUAGCCGGGCUAGCUGUAGUGUGA